UUUAUUAUUAUGUUCAAAACGACAUACAUACCUGAUACCCCCUUAAUUGUUGUUAUUCAUUCUGUAUGGUCACAAUAAUGUUGUCGCUAAGGUUCACUACCAUUCUCCUGAUUACAUUCAUUUUGCUACCUCUCACAUUUUCAACUGCACAGCAAGUUUCUUCAUCAGUAAAGAAGACAUUGGUGGUUGCCGCUGGAAGCAUGCUUGAAAAUGCAAGAAGCACACCGAACGUAGAGCAGAUUGGUGUGGCAGCAGUUGGUGAGAGUGAUAAAAGUACGAGGUUUAUUAUCCUCGGAAGGAAGAUGAUGAUGUCUAGAAAUUCAUCAAGUUCAAGCAUCAAGCCCAAAAAGCGUUGCAUACUUGCAAAGUGUAAUAACCAGCAGCAAGAAGUAGUAGGAGAAGCAAAUAAUUCAUUGAAUACAAAGGAAAAUGAUGGGUUCAUACCUUUGAACGCUGACUAUUUUGUUCCAAGGCCUCACCCUCCUAAGAAUAAUUGAUUCGCUGAGAAAUGAACCAGUUUUGAAGCCAUCAUCACACUUAGUAUGUACUAGGAAGCAAUGCUAACUGUA